UUCCCAGAACAAUUUCCAACAACAUGACCUCUAAUUCCAAUUUAUCCAACAUGCGACGGCUGGUAGAACAACUGAAGCUCGAGGCCAGUGUGGAACGAAUCAAGGUGUCCCAGGCGGCCGCCGAGCUCCAGCAGUACUGUCUGCAGAACGCCGGCAAGGACGCCCUGCUGGUCGGCGUCCCCACGGGCAGCAACCCCUUCAGGGAGCCGCGCUCCUGCGCUGUAGUGUGAAGGUCAGCGUCCACAGCCUGUCCACCGAGUUUACAGCCUGCAUUUGUUUUUUUGCACUUCUUGCAGAGGAAGAAGACGCGGACCCAGCAGUGGCAUCUCACUCACAGAAGAGAAGAAUUAUGUUUUAGCCAUUUUUAUACGAUUGUAAUGCCAUGUUUUUGAAGAAAAACACGAAAAAUUAGAUUUUACAAACACUGUUAACUUGUUUCACCACAUCAAUGUAUAGCCAUUCAUUAUUAUUAUUUUUUACACAUUAAAGGGUGUUAUGCA